AUGGAGGGUAGACACCGCACCGCACCGCACCGUACAGACGGACGAGAAGAUAAAAAGGGAAGAUUGGAGAAGGAGAAAUUUGCACACCCUCGCCCUUUCCCCCCAGAACAGAACAGAACAGAAGAGAAGGAUAGGGCGGACACUAGACCAUUCGACCACAGACACACACAGACAGACACAGCACUUCAGCAGCAGCAGCAAGAUCCGAACGAGGAGAUAAUUCGGAGAAAAAUAGGCGGCAACAACAACAACAACAACAUCAACAGCAACAACAACAGCCCGCUUCCGCCCGCUGAGCUACGACUCGACGACGACGACGACGACGACGACAACGACGCCGCCGCCGCCCGCAGCCCCGCAGCCACAACCGCUACAACCACCACUGCAACCACAACUGCAACCACAACUGCAACCACCACUGCAACCACAACAGCUGCAACAAGAACAGCACCACCACCACCAACACCAACCCCCACCGAAGAAGACCAAACACCGCAAUUCCUCCCCCCCAUCCGCCAAACAACCCCCAUCUCCCUCUCCGGCACCACAAUCCAGGCAAAACCCCUCCGCAAGCCCUGGAAGCACCUCCCCCGCCCCACGCUCAAAAAACACCACACCUACACCCCCACCCACCACCACCGCCACCCCCACCGCAGCAGCCUAAAAUCCAAGCUCCCCCUCCUCUCCUUCCCCCCCGAGAUCAUCCUCCUCAUCGCCUCCCACCUCGACCCAGACGACCAACACGCCCUCCUCCUCUCAUCCCGCGCCCUCGCCGUCCUCAUCACCCCGCUCUUCCAGCACUCCGCCAUGGCCGCGCAGGGCUUCAACCCCGCGCUCGACUUCCCGCCGCUGCACUGGGCCGCCUGGAAGGGGCACACCGCGCUCGUGCGGCAGCUACUCGAGCAGGGGCACGACGCCAACGCACGCACACUCGUACAUGGGACGACGCCGCUGCACCAUGCGGCGCGCUGGGGGCACGAGGGCGUGGUGCGGGUGCUACUACACCGCGGCGCGGAGGUGGACGCCCAGGACACGUUCGACGGGAAGACGCCGCUGCAUCUGGCGAGGCUGGAGGGGCGCGUCGAGGUGUGCAGUGUGCUGGUUGCGGCGGGGGCGAGCGUGACGGUGCGCGACGAUGCGGGGAGGACGCCGAUGGCGUAUAUGGGCGGGAACAGCUGUGAGGAUUAUCAUUGGAGGCCGAGGGCGGCGGGAGGGGAGGGGGAUUGGCGGGAUGGUGGGGAGGGGGGAGAGGGGCUUUGGGAGGAUGAGUGGGGGGUAUUAGUGCGGGGUGGAGUGGAAGGUUAUGGCCCUUUUUUUUAA